UUUAUUAUUAUUAUUACUUUUUGAAGUAUUCUGCAAAUUCAAAUGUAACGUUUUGCGUGGGAGCUAAAAACUCAGAAACUCUAACCUGCUAGAAAUGAAAGCGCUGCAGGGUUUAAAAAUGGGCCCUUGUUGCUAGGUGAUGAUGGUGAUGAUUAGGUCACCGUCAAACCACAAGCAUCAAAUAAAAGCCUCUCCUGAUAGCGUGCUCGUUUGUCAACAGACGCUUCAGAUCGUCUUCCACCACCAGCUGGGCUGAGGGCCAUGGAUCCUUGCUACACCACUGUGUCUUACACUACUUACCAAGUUGAGACCGUCGGACUGAAGGGCAAGAGAUAUGAAGCGUCCCCUGGAAAACCUUGGGGUCCCUCAGGAUUUCACCACGCUGUUGUAAAUGUUCCCACUGAGCCUCCAAAAGAUUAUCUGGUCUGGUCGCUGUGCAGCUUCAUCUUUGGAAAUAUUUUCUGUCUUGGAUUGGCGGCUCUCGUUUAUUCUGUCAAGGCCAGAGACAGGAAGAUGGUUGGAGAUGAGGACGGAGCCAGACAUCACGCCUCCACCGCUCGCGCUCUCAACAUCGCGGCGACUGUCCUGACAUUUUUAGCCAUCUUUCUCUCCAUAGUUGUGCCCAUUGCUAUAAUUGCAGAGGAGACAAGAUAUUACAGAUAUCGCUAUCAUGGAUAUUAAUAAGUAACUUUUGUGAAGUAUGACAGGUUUUCAAACACCAUGACCUGUUUAUAUUUUGUUCCUCAAGUAAAACUGUAACAGCAGAACUAGUAAUGAGAUCUGAGGCGACAAAGAACUUCAUUUGAAAUAAGUUCAUUUGCUUAAAAUCUGCAAAGUGUGUUUUAGCUCACAUGAAUAAAAAGCUUGCAUUGUAACGAUAAUACAAACAAUCCUGUGCUCUG